CGGUGUUUUGUGUCGUUUGCGCCUUGUUUUUUGUUUCAUAAAGACAAAUUUUAAUAUGAGCAGUGACGUAAAUGCCAACAAUAAGAGUAAAGGGAAAGAUUUAGAAGAUGAAGAUGUGUCUAAAACAAAAUCUAGAACUAAAACUACAUCACAAGAUCAGUACGAAGAAGAAGAACCAGACAAUGAAACACCCAAAAAGAAAACAAAACGUAGGACAAAACUAAAGUCGGAAGAAGACGAAGACCAAGAAGAGGAAGAAGAAGAACCAGACAAUGAAACACCAAAAAAGAAAACAAAACGUAGAUCCAAAAAGUCGGAAGAAGACGAAGAUCAAGAAGAGGAAAAAGAUGAAGAUGAGGCACUUGACGACAAAGACGAUGAAACUGAUGGCAGAAGAAGAAAGAGGUUAAUACAACAAGAAGAGGAAGCUGACGAUGGGGGUAAUAUGGAUGUCGAGGCAGCGGAAGAUCAGGAAAUUAAAAAGCCUGCUAACAGCUUUGCAGCCAAGAAAACCGUUGCUCAGGGUAUGAUGGAUAUCGCUCUAAUAACUGCAAACGCCAACCAGCUGAGGUAUAUGGUCGAGUACAACCAACACAGUUCAACGUUUUAUGUCAACGUCAUCCUGAUUUGUCUCUCAUUGGUGUUGCAACUUGCUAUUGGCAUCACUUUGAUAUACAAAGCGUGGUUUUACAUGCAAGGGAAAUCGAAGUCUCUUGCUGCUAAGAAACUAAAUAUCUACGUAACUGCUGGAGUGUUUGCGAUUACCAUUAUUAAUGUCUUUAUUGCCAGUUUUACUGUAACUGGACCUGCUCCAACGGCAGCAACAACUACAGAGAAGAGUAGAUAGACAAUACUAUAUUUGAAUAAAGUAGACUUUGGAGUCUUUUUAAUUUAAUUUCCAAAAGGAGUGUUUAGUUAACUUUGAAUUUCUCAAGAAUUUCAAAAAUACAAAAGAGUACAAUUAAGUUAUUUUUUAUAUUAAAGUCAAUAAAAUAAUAUUAUUAUUAUUAAAUUUUAGGCCAAUAAACUAGCUGAUAUAUA